AUGCCCGAUCAUGAUGGAUUGAUGAGGAUCUUCUGGCCGAGAGAUAUCCCAAGGAGCGAUUCACCUGGAGUAAUUGUUGGCUGGAGGAAUUCUGGCCUUGAUAUUUUUGUGGUUGCGAUAUUGGAGGAUGUUGACGCGCGCAAUGUAGAGAAUGCAUUGAAGGUCGGAACUCUGUUCCGAAAUGCCAGUCAUCCCAUCGAGCGAAUAUAUGAAUUAUGUGGACAGUCGUCUCUACAGGUAUUGGGCUUGACAAAUUCACCAAAAGCAGAUGUCGAUACUCUUCAAAUCCGCGCAACUACAGGGUCGGCAUACAAAUUACCUCAGAUAUCCUGUGCUCGAGCAUCAACGAAUCAAAUAGUCGUGUUUGAUCGACCUCAGCCUAAUAGGAUGCAAUACAUAUCUCUGAAGCCAAUAUCAUUGGCAUUGGAUGACAAGGCUGAAAUGACAUUUCAUGCACCAGGAAGUGUUGAUGCGGAGGAAGAACGAGAAGAAAUAAGACAGAGGAAAAGGACUCAGGAACUAGUCGAAAAGUUGAAGUACCACUCCGUCGUUAAACAUCCACCAUCACAAAAAGAACUCGCCUUGCCAAGGAUAGUCAAUCAAAUCAAUUGUGCUUGGGAGGUCCAUCAAUUAUUACAGAAAAACAUUUCGCUAGUUGGAGCUCGGUCAAGGAGAAGUCUGAGCGUGUCGGAAAGGGUAGUGGAGUCAGCAACCACGAUGCGUGAUUUCGUUCUUUUGACAAUAUGGCAACUCAUCACUCUUUACAUAUAUCCUAUCAUCAGACGUGGAUUUGUUGUUGGUCUCGUUUGUCAUAGAUUUGCUGCUGAAGCUUUACUACUGAUUCUAGAGUGGAGAGCUAAGCCAGAUUAUGCAGCCUUGAAAGAUAUCUCCGCAACUGCACAGCAAGUGGAGAUACGCUUACAACAAUUCUGCUAUUGGCCUAUGCAAUAUGUCACACUUCGAAGAAGUAAAAGAGACUGGGGUAGUGUGACAACAAGUCAUCCGGACUACAUAAGGUUUUAUAAUAGCCUUUGGCUAGUUGCUAAUGACGUGAUCAUUGGAAUUGCAUUGGGGUCUUAUAUUAUUGACAACUCCGCCUGGGUAGCAGAGACUAUCAGUGAUAUCCUAAGCACUUAUUCUAUAGCUGCUCUACAAAGGACGAUAAAUUGGCUGAUGGAUUGGCCAGCUGGCUUGAAACUCAAUACCGAACUGGCUGCUUUCCUUGGUGAUUUGUUCUUAUGGGUCAUCGAACAUUGGUCAAGCUGUAUUGAAGCUUUGCAUCCAGUAUUGCCUCAUGUUAUAUGGGUUGUUGGUUUUUCCAGUUUUGCUGGAGCCAGCAUGCCAAUCGCCCUUUUCUCUGAUCUACUCACAAUCCUGACACUUCACAUCUAUUCGUUUUACAUGGCUUCUGCACGUAUAUUCAAUUGGCAGUAUACGAUCCUCCUCUCUCUGUUUCAACUGUUUCGGGGCAAGAAGCAUAACGUUCUUCGAAAACGUAUCGAUUCAUGCGAUUACGAUCUCGAUCAAUUAUUGCUAGGCACGAUUUUAUUCACACUACUCUUCUUUCUCCUGCCUACAGUAGUUGUAUUCUACUUGGCAUUUGCAUGUGCACGAAUGGCAAUCAUCUCAUUGAAAGCUAUUUUAGAUGCUUUACUUGCAUGCUUGAAUCAUUUCCCCCUUUUUGCAUUGAUGUUACGACUUAAAGAUUCGCAACGAUUGCCAGGUGGCAUACGAUUUGAACUUCGAGAUACCCAACAACUAGCAAGCCAAAUACCUAAUACCCCAUCUCCUCCACCAACAUCCUAUAUAUAUCUCAAAUCCGUUCCCCUCACUUUCCGCGCCAUGUUCCACCAAUAUUUUCAACUCGGUCAUCGUAUCCGUAAACAUUACGCUUCACCUCGAGUGCUGCUCUGUCUCGCGACCGGCAAAUUCGUUCCGCCUAUACAUCGCAAAAAUCUCUAUUCGCUUCAGUACAGCAUGUUACCAGCUCGUCGAGCGGGUAUUAUGGAUAUGUGGUAUGCAUUGACGACUAAUUCUGAUGAGGGAAAGGAUAGGAGAAGAGGCAGUGCUGGGUGGUUAAAUGGUGGUGUGGCCAGUUUGGCCAAGGGAAAUGGAAAUUUGAGGAGAGGAAAUGGGUAUAUGGCUCGGAGGGGUGGGCAUUAG